AGAAUGUUGAACAAAAAGGCAAGUCUUUUGUACCUUUUCUUGCUAAGUAUGUCUUUAUGACAUCUCACAAGCCACCGGAAGAAGCAUUCAAUUUUCGUCGAGUCAAUAUGAACGAUGAGACAUCAACUCAACGUGAUUGGGGGCAGUUCUAUCGACGUUUGGAUUAUAUUAUCGAGUUUAAGGGUAUGUGGCAUGAUGAAUUAGAUCAGCGCACCACCGAGCUCAUAUUUCACAAGGGCUCAGAGGAAAAUUUUCGCAACAUGCUUUGGGACGUUAAAUAUGAUGAGGGCGAGUAUACAUGUGAAGAGUUGAGAACCAUUAUUCAAGAGCUUAAUAAAGAUCAGGAUGGGGAAGUAAUUAUUAAGUCAGAUCAGCGAUUGAAAUCUCGAAUCGAACAAUUUAUAAACGAUUCGAAUCGCGAUGAUGUAAAUAUAUCAAAUUCUUGUAUGAUGCUUGAUGAUAAUUAUUUUGUUCAAAGACCUGUAGAAGUUAUAGAAAUGACUGAUAAGUAUGCUAGUAGUCAAGAUCGAUCAGUUUUAACAUGGCGAGAAAUUAUAGAGAAGCAAAAUGAAGAAAGCCGCCGGCUCAAUAGGGAGAAUGUAAAUAUUUAG